AUGUCUCAGAAUGACGUAACCAACACCACUGCAAAUUCAAGAAUCCGUCAUAUCACCCCACCCAAAGAGGAACUGCAAUCAAUACCAUCGGCUUUCUAUAACUGUGAUAUCUGCGGUCUGCGAGUCAAAACGCAAUCCAAUCUCCGUGCCCACUUUAUCAAAACUCAUGGCCUUAUAAAUGAUGCCAAAGACAUUGCCUUUUUGCUGCGGAAGAAAACAGACAUAUAUGACGUCUUCCAUUGUCCCGCUCCCGCCUGUAAAUAUACCAAGUCGUCGGGCGUUGGAUUUUCAAAGUUCUGGCAUUUGAAACAGCAUUACCAGCUGGUUCACAUGAAGAAAACCUUCCAAUGUCCUACCUGCAGUCAACGAUUUUCCACACCCAGUGCGCAAGCCUAUCAUGUGAAGUCCUGCGGGACGCAUUUCGAGUGUCCAGUUUGUGGGCGGAAAUACAAAGCCAAGAAAUUUCUCAACCAGCAUGCGCGCCGCUCUGGACAUGAUGUUAGAAUGAGAACGCCAGCAUUGCGAACCACUUCAGUGGCGAAGCAGCAAUCAUCAAUAAACUUGCCGAUGGAAUCUGCUACCGCUGCUUCAGAAAGUGACCAGCGUGAGGCACAGACAUCAACCAAACUGGCCAUUCUUCCGCUGCUCAUUCUUCCUUUAGGCGUAGGUGUCGACCAGGCCUCUGUCUCGGCUGCUACCGCCUCUGCCGCCUCUCUUGUGGGCGAGGUGAUCGCUCAACUGCGAAGCAAUCUCACUGUUCUUCCACCUGUUGUCUCUACUUCCUCUUCCGCCCCUCCGGCCACUGGUUGGCUUGGGCCAGCGAUACAACCCAACAGUCCGGAGUCUCGACGUCCUCCCUCUUUCAAUUUUCCUAACAGCACUGAUGCCAGGGAGAAUGGUGGAGGUGAAGGUGGUCCGACCUUCUUGCCUCUAGUGGAUGUUGGGACAGCAACCCUUCGCUUGUCACAUGCUCACACUCAGACAGAGGUCAAUGUACCUCCCCAUUGUUCGGUGCCUGCAUCAACAGUAGCAGUAACUGAGCAGCAGACCGACUUGGUGGUAUUUUACAACAGCCAGGUGACUCGUGACUCCUACACCGCCACCUCAUCACCCGACUGCCGUCUUGUAACGACGCAAAUGUCAGUUGGAAACUCCCCGCCCCCGCCCACCUUCUUGCCUGACAUAUCUCACAGCAGCACCUACAUGUCACCGGGCCAUUCCAUCGAACUCCAAUACCCUGAAAUGAAUUCUAAUGGCACCAUGACCACCUAUCACUCGCAACAGCUGCCACAAUCACAGGGGCAACAUCACGCUUUCCAGCAGACCACUGCUAUCCCAACCACCACUGUGUCGUCUUGUACAGGAGCACCUCUCUACCUCCCUUCUGGACCCUCUGAGAGCGGGUGCUAUGACGCCUUUGCAGCUCAUGUCCAGCGCGUGCCGAAGCCGCAUUUGAAGAUGCUCUUAGCCGUAGGCUCAAGUACCUCGCCUUACAGCAGUGACUGGCGCAGCCUGCACCGACCAGAUGGGCAAUCGGCCAACUCAGUGGCCGUAGAGACCACCUUCGAUUUGACCAACUUCGAUGCGAGUAAUUCAGGCAACUGCUACUGGCCACCGGCGGAGAGCUUCGCACAUAUGCAAACGCAGACGGUAUGCGAUGCAGGCGACUUGGAGCAGUGGUUCAACAACGUUCAGACACAGACAUCCACCACCGCCAUCUCCACGCAACAACAGCAGCAGCAGCAGCAAUCCUCCUGGACGUCGCUAUUUGCCAACGAUGGAAAUCGAGCAGCGUACACGCUACAGUGUGGCUGCGUUUGUUUUCUUGACCCGGAGCAGUGUCUUUCCAACUACCGUGAAAAUCGCAAGGUUGGUGGGUUUCUGGGUCUCUGUGGUGAGCAAGCGCGUGCCAAACACAAAUUGGGCACUACGGUGUGGGCGACUCGAACCAUUUCACCCGUUAAGCGGAGUGGUAGUGCCUCCAGCAAACAUGCUGUGCAAUAUCGGUACAUUAUUAACAUUGACGAGCAAUGCAAAGUAAGCCAUUUUUAUUCUUACUUCGAGAAUCAACUGAAUUACAUUCGGUUUUCUAAUUUCGUUACUAUAUCUGAAAUCCGGAUAGUACCUUUUGGUUCUGUUGUCGAGAGCAAUCUUUCAGAUGAAGCUGUUAUCGGGUACGAGUAUGAUGAGUCCAAUGGAAUAUGCUGUGUUCCGCUAGCACAGCCUGUAACUACAAAUAUUCUUCUUUUACGUGGGAACUAUUCUACUAUAACUGUGGCUGUUUUCGGAAUGCCCUGCCUUCUACCUCCCCAGCAAUCAGGAAUAGCCAUGCCAAAUUUUUCAGUUCCUCCCCCCCCUCUAGUCUCUGGCGGUCCUGCAUUUCCUGUCUUAUCGGUUCUAGGCUCUGUGGGAAAUAUUCAGGCAGCUUCGCCACAAAUAACGCAGGUUCAGAGCUCUCAAAAUUGGUCCACCCAUACCGGUGCAUUGCCAGCUUCGAACAAGCCUCCCGUUUUAAAUUCAACCAAGAUCAAUGAACAAGAUGUAUCGCAGGUCUCGGAGGAAGUGUCCACUAAGACCUCAAAUGAAGCACCUCCUGAUACUGAGGAUUACGGGGAUCAGGAAAAAAAUAGCGACGUUCUGUCAUCCACUGAUAAGCUUCAUUUUGACAACGAAGAGACAGAAUCCGAUUCCACCGCGAAAGUUCAAAUUUUAGAUCCUGACGAUCCUCUUUUGAAGCCUAGUCAUUGGCGAUUUGAUCCUUUUGCCAUAGUCGACCUCCCUGAUGAAUCUCUUCCUGGAGUGAAGCGGCAAAGACUUCCCAGUCCAACUUUAACGCUUUUUGAGGUGCACAAGUGGCUUCUUUCAACCCAUCCGUCGGAUCUUGAAGAUGAGGGGAGAGGGGAAGAUGCAAUCCCUCCUUAUUCUUACUUGCUGGCUCCACCACUAUCAGAUAGAAGCGCUUCAAAACAAGCCUCUGAUCUUCUUCUCAGGACAUGUAACAAGUUCGGCAUUGAGGCAGACAAAUUAGGGGCUGAAUGGUUGAACAGUUUGGAGGAGCUAAUUCAUACCUUGCCCUCGAGCUUGGCCUUUCUAUCUCUUUAUAGACCGGAAACAUACGAACUCGCUUCAAACUGCCUGAUUUUCUGGGCUCGUACCGGUCUCCAGCUGGAUAGUGCUCUUCGGCAACCCGAUUCUGUGGAUAUUCUACGUCAUCUUCGCGUCGGAAUCGAGUUGGUCGGUAUCCUGCUUUCUACGACAUGCGAGGCACUGGCCACUCGUCUCCUCCAAUCCACUUCCGCCUCUAGCAUCUCCUGUUUCCAUAGUCAACACGCAUUGAUGGAUCUGCUCGAAUCUCCACUCAUCUCUACACCUCUACGAUUACAUGUGGUUGGUGCAUUGGAACGGAGCUUGAGUGUAGGUAUGGUCGGAUUCAAUGCGUUUGUGGGUCAGGAGAAGGAAGUGGUUGAAAAUGGAGUUCGGGAUACCGGGUUUGGGGCAAGAACGUCGACGCCCUAUGAGCGGAUUGUGCGCUUUCUCGCCAACAAUACGUCCCUUCCUGUGGCCCUGGCAUGCGACCGUGUUCUGGCAAAAGUGCGUUUCUAUGACACAAUUCUCCAAUUCGAAGAUUCUAUGGAGCAAUUGAAGAAGUCGGUAGUUGAGGAGGCUUCGUUUCAAGAGGAGGUGGAGAGGGAAUGUGCCUUACAAAUGUACCUCGCCACCAUUUCUCGUACAAUUGCCGAUCCGGAAUCUAUUCUUUCAUCCCUACCAAAGGCUGCACCGAGAUUGAAGUCACUAAAAUCAUUCAGUGACCCUUCUCCUGUACUCUACAGGCUUCUGGAUUCCAUUAAUUUCCUCGACCACUUGAUCUGGCUACUGAACCAAGCACAUCGUAGAACGAUACACUCAACUGCCGUCUCUGACGCCGCUCGGCGGACCCUCGCAGCCCUCCUUAGCACCCCCGCAGGUCUUCUAUUCCUCGCUUCAGCACCUGUUUCGGCUGGCCAAAUUCUCCGCUACCACCUGCACCAACAGCGGCGAGGAUGGAGACGACUAGGCCUUGAAAUGGCUGUUAAGUUGGAGGCGCUUGCCUGCAUUGACGUUCUCAUUGCGUAUACAAGGCGUAAAGUGACUUCUGUAUUAUGCUCUUUCCCCAUUUCUCAUCGUCACCAUCAUCUGUCAUCCACUCGUGUAUCUUUCCGUGGAGGUGAAACAGGCUGCCAGCGGUACAUAGCGGAAGUGGCAAAGUCAGAGACGGCUAAUAAUGAGGCAGAUACACUCUACACUGCGCUUUUUGCGCUGGCUCGUCUCUUCCUCACACCUGACUUUGCACCAUGGGCUGCAGAGGUGGUGGCUGCUGAAACGGGCGACUUCUUUGCUCCCUGUCUCUUACUACUCGAAGCUGCAUAUCGGCAUUCUUCCGAUGCCACUACCGCUAUUUGUGCUCCAGGAGAAGCCUCGACUACGGUGGCCGAGGCAGAACGAGAUAAGCCGGAAUAUGAAUCAAAACCGAAGUUAGCGCAACAGCUAAAUCAGGAUCAGGGUCAGUACGGACAACCGUGUGAGGCCCUACUAUUGCGUCUGGGCUUUUCCCUCGAACGCAUGGAGAUCGACAGUCUCCUUUCCAUCAUCACUGUAGGAGUACUGCGCCACGCCUCUGAUAUACGCUAUCUGGAGCGAUUUGCACCACGUCUUCUACGCAUUGUUCAGUCUACUUCGUGGGAAGAGCGUCUUUCCUGCCUCUCACCCUCUGAGCUCUUCUCUCACCAACGUAUCUUCUCAGAAGCUGGUGCUCCUUGGCUCUUCUGGCUGCGUGAGGCCUCUACUCCUACUCUUAUCACAUCCCCCACUGAGCUUUUUGCUUGGUACGCGGAUCAGUUAGGUCCUCUUGUUGAAGCGUGUGAAGACAGUCUAACCGCCCCACCACCCGCUCUUCUCCUCCUCCUUCGUCUCCUCCGCUUUUCUCUCACUGAUAGCAGCAGCAGAGUUGCUGACUUUGAGCUCAAUGUGAUUGAACUCUACGCUCGAGACGGUCUUGCCAUCCUUUCCACUCUUGUUGAUUUCACCGCUGACCACCUCCUUCUCCAGCAGUUCAACAAUCGAGGUUAUCGUCGAGGUUGUAUUGAACCUAUGGUUGCUGACAUGAUGGCAGAGGGAGUGGCAAUUCUUGCCCACUUAGUCAUCGCACUAGCAAACGCAAUUGGCGAGGACUUUCGGGAUAGAACACCAAUCAAGGCCGUCUGUAGGGCCUAUGCUGCUGCUGCUGUGGUUCAUUGCCGACUAAGUGAAAAGAUCAGAAGAAAUGUUCUUCGUUGUAUAUCUGCUUACUCUCUGGCGAGUCAGGAUAUGGAUGCAUCAGAAGGAACUGAAAAGGAUCUCUGGUCGUCAGUGUGUCGAGAAAUCCUCUCUUUUACUAUUUCCUCGCCAUCUUUCUUCCUUCCCGGUCUGCAACUCUUAUUAGAUAUGCUCCCACUACCGUUACCAAUAGAGACUUUGAAGGCUCUUUCGCCGUCUGAACGACAAGCUGUGAUCGCUGUCCGUAAUUGGUGGUGUCAUCGUCUAACCCAUGAUCUUGCAGUGGAGGUCUGUGGUCUUGUUGAAGUACUCAGUGCCAGUCCCCCUAGUGGAGUGCUCCGCCGACGUCUGUCCAUCUUUGUGGACCGUAUUACCGCCCUCGGCUCCUUUGCCUUACCCCAGAUACUUGUCACGUCAGCCGUUGACACUCUUCUCGAAGUAUAUCAAGCUGCUAGUGCUGAUAUUGGUGGCGGGGGUGGCUCGGUCGAUGACGUUCAACAUCAGGAAGCGACUGAUUCAACAAAUACGGCGACAGGUUUAGUUGGCGCGUCAUGUGCAGUGGACUUCAACCUACCUCUAGCCAUCAAGACGUUAACCUCGGGUAGCAAGUUAGUGUUGGGUGCGCAGCAGCCACCAACUCUGCCAGAGCCACCUGUUACCACAUCGCAGCCGUCACUACCGCCGUCGUCAGCAGCCGCAGCAAACGAAGAUAUUGCAGCCUUCGGCAAUGUUCUAGAUGCCUCUGAAAUUCUGCACGCUCUCUCCCUUCUCCAUUUCAACCUACACCACCCGGUUUGCAAACAGGCUUUCCUCGAUCUUAUUCUGAAGGACUCAUCGACGACAUCGCCACCCCGGCUCUCCAAAAGCCGCCGCCUUAUGCUUAUCCUUUCCAGCAUUCUGGAAGGAGUCCAUCCACCUGAAUCUCAUUGUCAUUUGGAGGCGCAGGCAAAGGUCAUUGAAUGCAUCAACUACCUGUUGGACACUAGCAUAGGCCUGAAGGCGAUUUCUGAUCCUUCUGAUCCUCUCUUUGACCUUGCUAAUCAUCUGCCUCCAUAUGAAUGGCUAAGUGACCUCGUUGCUUGUCUGCUGACCUAUAUACAUCCUUCUGUAAGGGCUUCAACACCAUUGACGGUUCGAGUUCUCUACAUUCUUCAUCGUCUUGCUCUUCACGACUUUGGAUUUGCAGUCAUCCAAAGACAUCUCUGCCAUAAGCAGCAUGAGCGUGUACUUACAAAUCUGCUACAAGGUCUCAUCGAUCGCUUCAGCAUUGAGUGUCGCUUCACCUUGGGCGCUUUCCUUCUCUUCAUCAGUGCUCUCCUCGCCGACCCUAUCUUCGCGGAGGAAGCUGUUUUAGCAGCUGGCGCGCUCGUCAAUUUUACUCCCUCUGCAGAACUAGCAGACCGUCAACUUCGCCUCCCCACAUUUUGGUUGAGGCAGCUGCUAGGUUGGGGUGGUAGUAGGUCAGAGAAUCUGGUAAAGGAGGUGACCACCAGGCUGGAUACUGCCAUGUCGGGCGCCACAGAAGCAGAUUCCUCUACUUUUCGGGCUCUUCGCGAUGGUAUGAAGAGUUUGAUGCAUCUGCUAGCUGGUCCGGAGGAUAUUUCUACAGGCACUGAAGUUGUUGCCAAUCUCGACACCGUCCAACCUCUGCCUAUCCCCACUCUCCCCACUGCCCUCACUCUUGUGGAACUCUACAAUUACCACUACAAUCACCUUAUUGAUCACCAAGUGGAAGAUAUAUCUAGUCUUCUUACUGCUCGCCGUGCUCUGAACGAAUCUCUCCUCUCUCCGUUCCUUUCCACCGCUAACAAUCUUCCUCAGCGUCAGUUGAGCACUAUAAACUUACUGGACUACGCCAGUCACAUCUGCCCAGGCGUAGACUUGAGGGCAGAGGUGGCUGCAAUGGGCAGGACUAGACGUCGCAGGCGGGAUGUAGAAGAUACCGAGGCCAUGAUUCAACAUAAGAGACGCAGGAAGGGUCAAGCCUCUGAUAUUAUUCAGACGGGCCGAUCAGCUAAGAAAUAUGUUGCUCCAAUGCGUGGUCGUGGCUUCACAAUUCGUCAGUCAACUCAAUCUUCAAGUGGAGGUGGAAGUGGCGGUGGUACCAGUAACAUCGGGAGUAAUGUUGGUAGCGGGACCACCGGUUCUAGUCUUCUGGGUGUGGGCGUGGCUACUGGUGGGGCUGUUGGCGGACGUACAGACAUAUUCCGAUCCCGACCCCAAAAUACUAGCCGGCCUCCCAGUCUGCACGUGGACGACUUCAACAAGUUGGAGAAGGAUGAGGGAAACGCUUGCUCAGGAUCUGGUCAUGAGCUGUCUUAUGGCCGUGAUAGUAGCGGGCUUCGUGGAAUUCGUGAUUCCACUUUAUUCAGAGUUGGCAAGAUUGAUCUCUACUUAGCCCAUGAUCUGCCACACCUCAUAAGGAACUGCCCCCGCUACCUGUGGAAUCCUCCCGUCGCCGGUAGUACCCUUGCAGUCUUGGCCUACCAACCAAUCGCUCAAUCAGCAUCUUCUGACUCUCACAAAUCCGACGGUGUCGAGCCGUUCAACGAGUGGAAAUAUGCCGCCUCCGCGUAUCGAUUGAACUGUUGUGGAUAG